CCUUCAUCCUCUUCAACCUGCACAAAACAAUGCUUUUUUCCGUUUCUCCUUAUUGUUUCUACUUUGGGACUUCUAUAUAAUGCUUUCUGUUUCCAGUAACACCGCAUUAUGCCAUGCCAGCAAAGGAAGCAGCAGUGAACACCUCUAGUUUUAUCAUCUUCUCCCAAUCAUUCAUUUGUCAAAUUUUAUAGACCUCACUUUGUGUAUGCAAAUUGCUUUUGGACAUGUGGCCUACAUUAGUGGCUAAUAAGAUAUUCAAGAAGCGACUAGGAAGCAGCGAUUUCAUAGCAGAUUUUCCUAGUUGUAAAGAACCCUUACUGGGUAUUGUAGACUUUGAUCACAACUCAAAAUCCAUUCAUAAUGAUCACAAGGGCACACAAAAAUGCAAGGUAUUUGUCAGUACAUGGAACGUAGGUGGGAUUGCACCAGAAGAAGAUUUGAAUAUAGAUGAUUUAUUGGAGACAUGCAACGACUCUUGUGACAUCUAUAUACUAGGGUUUCAAGAAAUAGUGCCUCUAAAAGCAUCAAACGUAUUGGGAUCAGAAAACAACGAUAUUUCCAUGAAAUGGAAUUCCAUAAUCAGGGAAGCUCUGAACAAGAAAUCACAUAAAGGGGGCAAAGAUCAAAGUGAUGGUGAAAAUCUGCAGAAUAACUGUCUCAAUGAGAAAGAAAAUUCGGCUAAGUUUUGUGAAGCCCCACAUGAUGUUCAAUGCAUCAUCAGCAAGCAAAUGGUUGGAAUAUUCAUAUCUGUCUGGACAAGAAGAGAUCUUUUUCCAUUCAUUAGGCAUCCAAGUGUGUCAUGUGUAGGGUGUGGCAUAAUGGGGUGCUUAGGAAACAAGGGUUCUGUAUCAGUGAGAUUUCAGUUACAUGAAACAAGCUUCUGCUUUGUGUGCAGUCAUUUAGCUUCAGGUGGCAGAGAAGGGGAUGAGAAAUACAGAAACUCUAAUGUUACUGAAAUCUUUUCCAGAACAAGCUUUCCCAGAGGGCCUUUGUUUGAUUUGCCAAGAACCAUUCUUGACCAUGAUCAUGUAAUAUUGCUUGGAGAUUUAAACUACAGAAUUUCUCUACCAGAAGAAACCACACGCUUUCUUGUUGAAAAAGGAGACUGGGAUUCCUUAUUAGAAAAUGAUCAGUUAAAAAUGGAGCUAAUGAGUGGAAACACGUUGAGAGGGUGGCAUGAAGGAGCAAUAAAAUUUGCACCAACCUACAAAUAUUGUCCGAAUUCAGACAUUUACUAUGGUUGUUUCUAUCAAGGGAAAAAGGCAGAGAAAAGAAGAGCACCAGCAUGGUGCGAUCGAAUAGUGUGGCAUGGAGAGGGUCUAAAGCAAGUUCAGUACACUAGAACUGAAUCAAAACUAUCAGAUCACAGACCUGUUAAGUCAAUGUUUACAGCAGAAGUCAGGGUUUUACCCAAGCUCAUGAAAAACUUGCAAAGCUUGUUCUUAUCAGAAAGAUUCGACCAAAUUAAAACACCCUUUGAGGUUUCCACCACUGAUGAUUUUGUACGUACAAAACGAUCUAGCUUCCGGCUAUGAUUCAUUGCUGUGAUUUCUUCCUAUUGCAGAACAAAUGUGGCUGAUAAGAGACUUCAAAACAUGUCAUUGUGUUGUGGUUGCACAUGUUUUUUUGCUCUUUUUUUUCUUUUAAAAGAAAACUUUGGUGUGAUGGAUGUAUAUAAAUGUUUAAUUUUUCAUGAAAAAGAUAAGAGCUAGAAAUUCAGUGGAA